AAGUUGGACAUUUCUCACUUGAAAUGUCCAAGUUCCCAGUUGUCUUCAAUGCUUCAGCCCCACCUGUUGACCAAACUGCGGAGCUGGCGGUCAUAAGUGCGCAGCGAACAGUCAGUAACACAGAUUUCAGCCUAAAAGGGGGGCGUCGCCCACAUCGUUAUCCGUUCGAAUUUUUGAAAAAUAGCAACUUGUUCUUGUCUUUUCGAAAUCAAACAGACGUGACCGCGCUGAGCUCGAUAGCAGUGUCUCGCAAGACAGUGGAAUUUUCGUUGCAACACCUGACCAAUCGCUGAGUGUGAUGGAACUGCUGGCCCCUCCUCUUCCUGGGCAACGCCUGCUCUCAUUUGAUGAAAUAGUGGACAGAGAGCCAGCCUACAUGACCUCCAUUUUGGCAGGUUGUGUGUCAGACUGCCUGGGGAGGUACCCAGCAGAACUGGGCGGGGGGUCCUGGAGGAUGGGAGCAGAUGCAGAGGACGCUGUGGGGGCCUCAGAGCCUGGCCCGGCCCCGGGGCCUGGGGACUCGGGGAAGCUUCCGGAACACCUGCACAGCUCGGAGCUGCCCGGCCCUACAGCAGCCCUGUACUACUGCCCCCUGCUCUGGCCCCACAGGGUUCACCCUGUUGCCAACCUCAAGCCCCUUCCUGUGCCCCUGCCCUUACUCCCAAACCCCCCUGUCCCGUACUACCCCGCCCUGUCCCCCCAGCUGGCCCUGCCCCUGCCAGGCUACCCCGCUCAGGGCAGAUACAGUGGCUUCGCCCAGUGGCAGUAUUACACCCCCAGACCUCGGUCCAGAGACACCCCCACAUACUGCUCUGUUCUACCUGAAGAGCGUAGGACCUCAGAUCCAAGGGAGAGGUCACAGUUCAGGGAGGGGUCAAAGGUCAGACACAAGGCCACAGGAUGUAGAAGCAGAAGUUUCAGUCAGCUGGACUCUGAAGGGAGGAGGAAGGGUGGGGAGGGCCAGGCUGUGGCAGAGAGAGCCCUGUCUGAGUACAGCCACAUCAUGGAGACCCUGGGGUCAGAGGUCACAGGGAGGUCAGAGGUCGUGGAGGAGGAAAGGGGAAAAUUCACAGAAUACUUGAACCAGCUGUGCCAACAGAAGGAGUUUGUCACACAAGUGUUAGCGUUGAUAGACAUGCGCUGUGUGUGGUCUCUCCUCUCUCCGGACACGGACCCACACACCACACACCAGCGUGCAGAGGGCUCGAUGGAGAAACGCACCUGCCCGGGUGCUUCCCUCUCUCCUUCCUCAGACCUGGGUCUCCAGUGUAGAACUCCAACUUCCAAAGUUCCCCUGGGGCACCUGCUAAACUGGACUUCUCCUUCACUGGGUUUCCCAUCAAUCACUGGAUUUCAGUUAUACAACCACACUUCACCCCCUUUUAAAGUGCAUGCACACAUGCGUACACACACACACACACACACACACACACACACACGCACACACUCACGCACUGACACAUUCUCCCACACACACGCACUCUCUCUCACACACACACACACGGACACACACGCACACGCGCACACUCAUACUCAUGCACACACACACACUCCCUCUCUCCCAGGACCCAUCCCAGACAGAGAUUGUGUGAAGUAUGGGAAUGUUUGAUUAAACCAUAAUGUGAACAGCACUCGAUCUGCGGUAUCAAAUACUGCUCACUUCCCUGUGAGAGUGAAAGGAACAUCCACAGAGGUCAAAGGUCACAUCACAGAGGAUCCUCCAUCACAGUGAAUAUCUGUACAGGUGUGUGCGAGAGAGAGACUGAUUUCCAUUCUGUACAGUUUCAUUUAUUAUGAGGCCAAACAUUUUCACACAUGUAGAACAAUUAAUAAAAAUUACUUACAAAUAAAA